AUGGUGUUAUUACCGCCCUGUGCGCCCGAAACAUGCGGCAAGGAAUUUCGUCAAUCACUGAAGAAGCCAAGUCCAAAUUAUCCAUAUGGCUACAAAAAGAGAAAGCCACGUAUCGUGCCUGCGUUUACGAUACAAGCAAUGCAGAGGAAUACAAAGGUGUUGCCGCCUCCGAAAUGUGGCGUUUGCGACCCUUUGCCACCAAAGCCGACAAUGUUCAGAAAAUGCUAUCAAAGAGGCGAAUUUCCCGUCUCUAUUGAGUUCACUACGAGCGGAAAAAAGCUAUCUUGGAAGGUGCCAAUAGAAAAAUUGGACUUCCAUCACUAUCUCCCCAUAUUCUUCGAUGGACUUUCGGAGGGUACUUAUCCCUUCAAUUUCAUCGUGGAGCAAGGAAUCCACGACUUGGUUACCAAAGGUUCAUACAAAGUGUUGCCAGUGGUGCCCCAGCUAAUUAUUCCGAUCAAAAAUGCACUCGCGACAAAGCGCCCGACUGUGCUAUGCCACGCUCUCAAAUGCAUCCAGAUGCUCGUGACCGGCUGCGACCGAGUCGGCGAGGCUCUCGUGCCGUAUUACAGGCAGAUAUUACCCACGCUCAAUUUGUUCAAGGACAAGAAUCGUAACAUUGGUGCUGGAAUAGAUCACACCACUACACGCGGAGAAAAUGUUGCUGACCUAAUCGAAGAUACUUUACAGAUCUUAGAGCGGUACGGUGGUCCAGAUGCGUUUAUUAACAUUAAAUACAUGAUACCAACGUACGAAUCUUGCGUGCUAAAUUAA